AUGAGUUACUACGACUAUUGUGAUGAUCAAUAUUCAUCAUUAGAAGAUGAUAUUUAUUAUCAUAAUUAUAGUGUAGAUUAUGCCAAUCAAUUAUUAGGUGGACAUCAUGCUAUUUCAUCAUGUCUACCACUUAUGCGUCGAAAACAUCGACGAUAUUCACCAAGAUUGGUACGAGUUUCAACAUUGGAUAAUAUGCCUAUUAUAAAUAGACAUGAAAUUCUUCCUUCACAUAGUCGACCAAAGCAUUUUUAUGAUGAAAAUAUUUCUUCACUCUCACCACCACCACCAGCACAAUUACCAACAUUUGUUCUUCCUCAUUUACCAUCAUUGGAAGCUACCAGUGAAGAAUUAGAAAGAAGAGCAACACGAAUAACUCAACCGAUAUUUCAGGAAACAUCAUCUAAUGUUUUUCCACUUUCUAAUAAUAUUAAACCUUCAUCUGAAAAUACUCAUCAACCAUUGACAGAAACAGAAUUAAGACAAGUUCAACAGCAACAAGAAGCUUUUCAACAACAUUUACUCAAUAUGCAACGUCAAUUACUUGAACAGCCACGACAACAACGACGACGACAACAAUACGAAGACGAAGAAGAAGAAGAAGAAGAAGAAAGACCAAAAGUUCCAAGAUCAUUUUUACGUUUAAGAUCAGAUCGUUUAGGAAAAAGAACAAAAGCAUCAUAUCAUGAUCUUAAACUUGACGAUGAUCAAGCUGAAAUAGCUGAUCUUAUUGAAAAUGAUCCUUAUAUAGCAGCAGCUAUGGAAGAUUUUGCUUAUACACAUGGAUUAUUAAAGAAAAAUCGACAUAGAACUUAUUCGGAUGGUUCAUCAUCUCAAUAUUCUCAACGUUCAAGUAAACGACAUCGUACUCAACAUAUUCAUGAUGAUUAUCAUCGAUCUCCACCAUCAUCAUCAUCAUCAAAAUCUUCAUUAGAUUAUAGAAGAUCAGAUAUGAAAAGUUCCAAUAUCGAAGUAGUUUUAGUGCGUGAACUUCAUGAAAUUCGUCGUUUAAUGGAAGAAUAUAUUCGUAAUAAAAGAAAUCAAACAAGUAGCAAUUAUCCAUCAUUUAUGCCAAUAGUACCAAUGCCUUGGUCAAUAAGUGAAGAUCAAUAUCGACAAUCAAAUGCUGUUCAUUAUCCACCUGUUCCACCUGUAACUGAUUAUAAACCAUCAUUAGUUCCAAGUGAAAGAGCUCCACCACCACCAGAACCAACUCGAGCUAUUUAUCAAAAUGUUGUUAAUGCUGUACGAGAAGUUAUUGAUCAACGUUCUCCUUCUCAACGUGAUCAACCAUUAAAACCAAGUGAUAUUGAUCCCAAAUUAAAACAUGUUUAUACAAAAAGACCUCGAAUUCCAUCAACAUCAAUACAACGAACACCAUUUCCUACACCACGACACCAACAACAAUCAAACUCAUCUCAACUAAUAACACCAACAAUGGUUCGAUUUUCAACUGCUUCAUCACAACCAUCAUCAAAUAAUAUUCCUGUUGCUCCUCCAUAUCAAGCUUUAGCUAAUUUUUCUUCAUCUCGAUCAACAACAAUCAAAGAUCGUAAUUUAUCUUAUGGAAAUCGUCAAAAACAAUCAAAUAUAUAUGAUACACUUUUACCAGGACAUUAUUUACGUUUAAAUACGAAUAAAUAUAAUUAA